AUUAAACGUCGCAUGUGACACAAUCAUUUGGAGCCGGAAGAAGAGAAAUUGUAGUUGUAGGAACCCCUGACAUGACAAAUCAUAUUGCAGAGUGAUUGAAGACAUCGUUGGCCUUCAAAGCGAGCCGGUCUGAUCCUGUUUCUCUCUGUAAUCUAAAGGAGGUUCCACAACAUCAGCAGCAAUGCAUGGCCGUGUGAAGGUUAAAACCACGGCGCAGCAGGAGGAGGAGAAGAGGAAGGAGCGUGAGAAGAAGCUGCAGAUCUAUGUUGCUGCUCGUGACGCCUGCUUCACCAAGAGGAAGGAUGGCGUUUUUGAUGACGAGGCUCUGCAGCUGACCCAGCAGCUCCUUUCUUCAAACCCUGACUUUGCAACCCUCUGGAACUACCGCCGUGAAAUCCUGAUGCACCUGGAAACUGUCAGAAACCAGGACGAGGUGCAGAAGAUUUACGAGGCUGAGUUGUCGUUUCUGGAGUCCUGCCUGAAAGUGAACCCAAAGUCUUAUGGCAGCUGGCACCACCGCGGCUGGGUCUCAGCCCGCCUGCCUCGCCCGGACUGGGCCAGAGAGCUGAGCCUCUGCGAUCGCUGCUUAAGCCUUGACGACCGCAACUUCCACUGCUGGGAUUACCGGCGGAUGGUCGUGAAGAUGUCCGGCGUUCCCGUGAAGCAGGAGUUAGAUUUCACCGAUCGCCUCAUCGGCUCCAACUUUUCCAACUACUCCAGCUGGCACUACCGCAGCACCCUGCUCCCACUGCUCCACCCGCAGGCCCCAGAGACACCCUCCCAGUGUGGUAACCCUCCCCCCUCCGCCUCCCCCCAGACUCACUUCCACCGGGUGUGUGAAGAGCAGCUGCUUAAAGAAUAUGAGCUGGUUCAGAACGCUUUCUUCACCGACCCGAAUGACCAGAGUGCUUGGUUCUAUUACCGCUGGCUCUUAGGCAGAGCGGAGCGAGAUGAGAUGAUAAGCUGCGUGUACGUGAGUCGGGAGGAGGAGAGAGUCGCCGUCGCCUUCUCCAGGCCCGUCAAUGCGCAGUCGGUGGGGCUCCUGCUGAUCCUGGAUGGUCAGCCUCAGAGGGUGGAGUGGCAGAGCGUCCACCCACACUUCAAAAACAGCCCCGUCUGGAUCUGCAGCCUGCCUCCAGGAACAAUCAGCGACGUCGCCAACGAACACAAUCUGACGGUGCACUGGACGGAGAAGCACAGCCACAGGGACUGCGCCCUGUACACAGGUCGGAGUGAGAGCUGGUGUCGGGACACAGCUACAGACCUCGAACUGUUCAGGAGUGAACUCUCCGUAGAGAAGACCUCGGUGUUGCAGUCGGAGCUGCAAUCCGUCAGGCAGCUACAAGAACUGGAGCCUCUUAAUAAAUGGUGCUUGUUAACCAUUAUCCUCCUGAUGAGGGCACUAGACCCUCUCGGCUACGAGAAGGAGACCCUUGCUCAUUUCCAGACACUCAAAGACGUGGACUCCAUGCGCUCGGCGUAUUACAGUGACCUGUGCAGCAAGUUCAUGAUUGAAAACACCAUCCUGAAAAUGGAGUACGCCGAAGUGCGAGUCUUCAGUAUUUCUGACAGGAAGCUGACCACAUUAUGCCACCUGGACCAGCUGUUAUUAGUUACUCACAUCAAUUUGUCGUCCAAUCAGCUGCAGCAGCUGCCUCCUCAGUUUGCUAUGUUGCAGUGCCUUGAGGUUCUGGAGGCUGAUAACAACUCAAUAGAGAACCUGGAGGGAGUUUAUCACCUUCCCAAACUGGAGGAAGUCUCCUUGAAGAACAACAAGAUCUCCACGCUGGCCGAUCUUCAGCCUCUGGCAUCCUGCCCCAAGCUGAAGCGCCUUGAUCUCCGUGGAAACCCCAUCACUCAGACGGCCAACGCCGAGUCGGAGUUGGCCGGGCUGCUGCCCUCCGUCACGGACCUCCUGCUCUGAUCCGGUGGCCGUCCCGUGGUUCGCUCGUCUGUCCUUGUUCCGUAGCAGAAUGAAAAGCCGUCUUCUCUCUUUUUUUCUGAUAUCUUGAAGUGUGUCGUGCCUCUGUUUGUUGGGAGACUGUCAGUCAGACGCUCUGACAGCCUGAUGGUUCACAGCAUUCAUCACACACCUGUCUACGUUAAACUGUGUGACUGUGGGGAGGCGGAUGCACGUUAACACAUGAUGCAUUUCUUGCUUCGUGUGCUUGUGAGGACGUCUGGUUCCUAAUGCAUGCAGAGAAGGCGUGAAGUGGACACAGACUGGCGUGCAGCAAUGCUGGUUCAUACAGGCUGAUCAGCAUCAUGUCGUUGUCAUUAUUUCUAAAGGUGAUCUAAAAACAUUCAAUGACAAAAUACUGUUGCACAGUAGAUUCAAUAAAUCACAGCACACAUUGUGUCACUGCCUUCUGCUCAGCUUUUUGUUUGUGAUCUUCUUGUUUUUCAAUAAUUUUCUGGAUGCAUCUUAAUUUCUGUUGUUUUUCUUUUUUCAUUUUGGCCAAAGAAUAAUAAACUGAUCUGAGACUCCCUCAAUACCUUUAA